AUUAACCUUGCUGGUUGCAUUUCUGGUUGCGUUAUAACAGCGUUUAUUUAUAUAAUUAUUUUAAAUCCGAAGCAUUGACGUCCGUAUUAUUGACAGACUUUUAUUUUGAAGGUGGCUUUCACCACAAGUUGGCGGUGUAUUACCGUAAUGCAGAGUAUGAACAAAAUUAGGGGCUGCUGGCUUGACUUCUUUACGAGUGGAGGCUGGCCUCCCAGGCAACUGGAAUUGGUCGAGUUUCGUCUUUAUUCCACCUGCAUGUUCUUUAUCUCGGUUUUAUCCAGUAUAUUUGACCAUAAACUUAGUUUGAAAUGAUCGCAACAAAUCCAACCUCCUGCGUCCGCGCAUGCGCUUACCUCGUUGCCAGCAACUUCCGCUACAGAUCCAUUUCGUGCACUUUUGUUCGAGCAAUUUGCUCCACUAAUUAAUUCUUCCUGAAUUAGUUGCGAACGGAUAGAAACCCCGACACAGUGCGUCAUUCAAAGUAAAACAUCAUUUCAAUCUUCGUGUCCGGAUAAACUCGUUUUGGUGGUGCACGUUCAGGUUUCUCGGCCUAGUUAGCUUAGCUUAGCUCGCUAGCCGCUAACAAAGAGACGCGUUUGUAAGCAUCCAUCCCAGCCUUCCAUUUUCUUUACCGUUGAUACUCACUCGGGUCGCGGGCUGCUGGGGCCUAUCCCAGCUAUCUUCGGGCGGGAGGUGGGGUACACCCAGAAGCGGUCGCAGCAAUCGCAGCGCUUGUAAGCAACACAUCGCAAAUUAGAGAUCGCCUGUGAAGGUGUUGUGAUUAUCGUGUGCAAAAUGUGUGCAAGAACGACAGCAAAGUGCGAGAAGGAACUUUCUGGAACGAAAGAGGAGGACGAGCCACAACGUCAACUUGUGGACGCUGUUCGCAUGCAGCCUCGUGUUGUGUUACACAGAGCAGACAUCACUGAAGAUCUUCAUAUUGAGCUGCAGGAGCCAGAGCCCCUUCACAUUAAAGAGGAAGUGGAGGACGAAGAGGUCCACCACAUCAAAGAGGAAGCGGAGGAGGAUGUCACCAACUUUCCAUCGACUGGUGUCCCUUUUAAGAAUGAAGAUGAAGGUCAAAGUGAGGAGAGCAGAGGGGCGGAGCCUCCAAGCAGCAUCUCAAGUCAACCCAUGACAACAGAAGGUGAUGGAGAACACUGUGGAGAAUCACAAGCAGGCGGCCUCUCUGCUCCACUGUCAGAUAGUGAUGACAUGACAUCAGACUCUCCUUACACUAAUGAUGAUGAUGGACAGUUUGAAAGUGAUAUGACAUGUCACACUGACAACAAACGAUUGAAAUGUUCUCAAUGUGAGAAAACUUUUGCUCGUAAGGGUCAUUUGAAACGACACAUAAGAACACACACUGGAGAGAAACCUUUUUCCUGCUCAAAUUGCGGUCAAAGAUUCUCUGAAAAGGGAAACUUAAAAAAACACACAAGAUCACACACUGGUGAGAAACCUUUUGGAUGCUUAGAUUGUGGCCAAAGAUUCUCUGUGAAGGGAAACUUAAAAAUACACACAAGAACGCACACUGGUGAGAAACCUUUUUCCUGCUCAGAUUGUGGUCAAAGAUUCUCUGAAAAGGGAAGCUUAAAAAAACACACAAGAUCACACACUGGUGAGAAACCUUUUGGAUGUUUAGAUUGUGGCCAAAGAUUCUCUGUGAAGGGAUACUUAAAAAUACACACAAGAAUGCACACUGGUGAGAAACCUUUUUCCUGCUCAGAUUGUGGCCAAAGAUUCUCUGAAAAGGGAAAGUUAAAAAUACACACAAGAAUGCACACUGGUGAGAAACCGUUUUCCUGCUCAGAUUGUGGCCAAAGAUUCUCUGAAAAGGGAAAGUUAAAAAAACACACAAGAACGCACACUGGUGAGAAACCUUUUACCUGCUUAGUUUGUGGUCAAAGAUUCUCUCAAAAGGGAAGCUUAACAAUACACACAAGAACGCACACUGGUGAAAAACCUUUUUCCUGCUUAGAUUGUGGCCAAAGAUUCUCUCUGAAGGGAAGCUUAAAAGACCACACAAGAACGCACACUGGUAAGAAACCUUUUGUCUGCUUGGAUUGUGGCCAAAGAUUCUCUGUGUGUGAAAACUUAAAAAGACACACAAGAGCACACACUGGUGAGAAACCUUUUUCCUGCUCAGUUUGCGAUCAAAGAUUCACUCAGAAGAUAAACUUAGAAUUACACAUAAGAACCCACACUGGUGAGAAACCUUUUUCCUGCUCAGUAUGUGGUCAAAGAUUCUCUCGGAAGGGAACCUUAAAAAUACACACAAGAACCCACACUGGUGAGAAACCUUUUUCCUGCUCAGUUUGUGGCCAAAGAUUCUCUUAUAAGUAUCAGGUUAAGACACACAAGUGUGCUGGUGAGAAUAGCAGUGAUCAAGAAGCUUUUAAUGAAAAUGUAAAUGUUUAAUCUAAGUAAUUACUAUGUUACUGACUUGCAAAAAAUCUCCAUUCUUGUAUUCUGCGUACCAGCUUUUAUUGUAUCUAUCUUUUUGUUGUCCAUAUAUUUCUGAAAGCCCCGCGAGUGUUAAGAAUUAACAUUGGUGCCAAAAGUAUUUAAACCAGUUAAAGGUGAGAGCAUCGGCACUUAUUCAGUAGUGCUGGACUAAAAAAUGUCUCCAGAAAAAAAGCCCGCCAAAACACACUCAUUUGUCAUUUUAGAAUCAUUUACUGAUUACAUUUUCAGCCAGAUUUUGGCCCGCCCACAUUUCGGAUAUGUCAGCCUGUUACAGCCUGACGCAUAACGAGCAGGAGCUGAUUAAAUUUCCUCUUUGAACGUACGUCAGUUCAAUUUUGAAUUGAUUGCACCGCAAAUGUAUAGAAUAUGUGUGUAUGUAUGUAUAGAUCACAAAUGCGUUUCUGUAGGUGGCAUAACGUCGGAUGACCCAUGACGAGGAUCUCACGGCCAAACGCGUUAUGUCUCUUAAUGUCCCAAAACUGCAGCUGAGCUGAUCUGAUUUUAGAUUAUCUGAGCCAUACAAUCUAAAAUAUUGGGCUGAUUGUUGAAAUAUUUUCAGAGGAUGAAGCUGCCAUGAGUUAGAGAUGUCUGCAUAAAUUGUGGUGAUGAUUUUUUAUUGUUUUUGAAUAUUAAUCUGCUUUUAUUGGGUUCAUGCAUGAGGCCUACAAUAAUGUGGUACUCACCUGCAGUGUUUGUAUAAUUUUAAUGAUGACACCCUAAUAAAUUUGCGAUUUUUCAGCACAUUAAAUUAGUGAUCGAACAUAAUUUUGGGGUACUAGCUGUUGUUCAUGUGAUGCAAUGAUAUAUGACAGCAAUGUAAGAUAUAAUACCAGCUUGUCUGGAAACUCAACCAAGCUUUUUUUUUAAAUUAAUUAAUUAUUUAUUUUUUUUUUUUAUUUCCUUGGAUACUUGGGUGAAGAGAGGGGCGGAGCUGUCAACUGAUCACCACCUGAUGGUGAGUUGGCUCCGAUGGUGGCGGAAGAUGACGGUCUGACCUGGCAGGCCCAAACGUAUUGUGUGGGUCUGCUGGGAACGAACGUCUGGCAGAAUCCCCUGUCAGAAGGAGUUUCAAUUCCUACCUCCGGCAGAACUUCACCUACGUCUCGGGAGAGGCGGGGGACAUUGAGUCCGAGUGGACCAUGCUCCAUGCUUCUAUUGCCGAGGCGGCCGACCUUAGCUGUCGUGGCGGCAAUCCCCGAACCCGUUGGUGGAUACCAACGGUGAGGGAUGCCUCUCAUCAAUUUGUGAGACAUUUCAACCAGGUUUUCUUAAUGAUCGCACGAUCGAGAGUUAAAAGCUUGAUAAACACAUUUGAGCCACGGUAAAAAAAAAAUCAAAGCAGUCAAAGAGAGCAUCGAGCAGGCAGACUGGAAAGUGUCUCACCCUGGACAGAUGGGAACUUGGACAUCACAAGCUACUUACUCAGAGCGACAAAAAACCUGUUAGUCCAACUGAAGAGAUGUCAUUUGCGCUUUAUUCAAACAGUGUGCAUUGUCAUAAUGGUUGUUAAUUGUUUGUUUAUUUUUUCCCAUAAUUGAUUUUACCCGAUACCUUUAUAAGAAACAAAAGGAAUUUAGGAAAUUUCACCUGCACAGUCCAGUAUCCAGGUAUUUAUUUCACAGUCACACUGGUUAAAUGUUUGGCUAAAAAAGUACUGAAUUGAUUUCCAAACACUGGUUUCGGAUUGUAUCAUUCUAGAUGAGCCAAGUCCUUGAAUAAAAUCAAAAUGAAUCGUUACACCCCCACUGGUUCGUAAUUCAGUGCAAUUCAAAUACCAAAUAUGCAUUGAUGUGCAGAAAACAGGGAUAGACAUGAUCAGGCAGGAGGAUGUGAAGUUUGGGGCAGUGGACAAGACGCUGCGUGAAAACAUGAGAUCUGCAGCGAGAAGGGACAAAGCCUAGAGACAGCAGACGAUGCUGGAAACGGUGGAGAGGAGGAGUGCUUUUGACUGCCAAACAUCCACUAGUGCAGCUGAGAACAAAGCAAAAGCAGCGGAGAAAGAAAGGCUGGCUUGUAAAAGGCACAUGAAUCAACAAAGAAAGCUGGCUUUUGAGAGGCUUGUCCAGGCCAAAAAAAGUAAAGAAAUAAGGCAAAUGUAAUUUCAUUCUUAAAUUUGUACAUCAUGUAAUU